AUGGACCACAUAGCUGCAGCAGAAGAGCGAAUUGUGAACGAAAGAUUGAGGCAGAAACUCAACGAGGUCAACAGCGCUGCCCAAUCGGAGCUCUCCGUUGUUCAGGACCAUGUCAAUUUUACCCUCCAGCAAGCAUAUUUCAAGUGCGCCUACGAGUGUUUCGACAGGAGGAGAAAGCAGGAUGAGAUUAACAAUUGUGUGGAGCACUGCACCGUUCCUGUGCUCACUGCCCAGAAUCUUGUCGAAAGUGAGAUGGCUAAAUUUCAGGAAAAAUUGAAUCGGUCUCUGAUGGUCUGCCAAGACAAAUUUGAGUCAGCCAAGGUCCAGCAGAACCGAAGUGAUGCCAUGAAGGAUUUGGAGUCAUGCGUUGACCAGUCCAUUCAAGACAGCAUCAAGAUGUUGCCGCAUCUUGUUGGAAGAUUGAAGACAUCUCUGCUCAUCAAAGAUUGA